AUGUCAAAUUUUCAUGCUCCGCACAAUUUCUUUCAAAUGAAUCAAAGUGUUGACCUCAGCUUCGCCAUGAAGACCGCAGGCCUUCCAAAUUCUGCUUCCACGUCUGGACCCCGCUGCAUCGCCAUGCUUGCUAUGCGCUUGGCCUUGAUCGCCAUUUUCACCAGCCUCUUCCGCAACCCCGCUCACGGCAAGGAGCUUUUCGACAUCUGGCUCAAGAGAUACCGCAACCACGAGUGCGCCGGUCGUUCUGUCAGCGGACCAAACGUACUCAGAGGCAACGGCAAAUGUCGCAACUGGGAAGACAACACGCCUUUCAACAAUCUUACGUAUGCAUGGGCCGCGCAUCGAGCUUUCUAUGAAAAGCCGGAGGACCAUGGGUCUUGCGUAAUACGAGUCUGGGAGAAUGAUGGAUGUACUGGGGGGUUUUAG